GCCUCCCGGCGCCAGUCAGUCCGCUCUCAGACGUCGCCCGGUGAACAGCGCAAAAUCCUCGAGAACCAAGACCUGCGCCAGAUAGAUCAGCGUUAAACGGAGGCGAGGCAUUGCAUAAUACCUAGUGAGAACGCCAGGAGUUAGAAAUGAUCGGGACACGCAGGUGAACUAGCUACGAAAAGGAUCAUCCGUCACCUGUGAACACCAGUGCUGCUUAUUAUGCAGGGACAAUCGGAUUGGCGGCCUACCGUGGCGAUAACAUGCAGUCUCGCGGCGGUUCUCGCAGUGGUCCUGUGGAACAAGCGGAGGAAUUCUUCGGCAGUGUGCAAGAAGGUCCAACCGAGCGGGAACGAGUCGAAGAUCGGCGAAAUUUCACAGAACGACGCGACGAAUCGUAAUGUCGACUUGGCCCGCCGCGAGUAUGACACGAUUUCCGAGUUACCCGAUCCAAAAUGGGUGAAAGUGGGCCAGAUCGAAGAACUGUACGUCUAUCCAAUGAAAUCUGGACGGGGGAGGAAUCUGCACGAAUGCGAUUUCACCGAGUUCGGUAUCAGCAUCGAGAGUGAAGGACGAUUCACCCUUCGAGACAGAAUGUUUCUAGUGUACAACGAAGAGACAGGUCGCUUCCAGACCGGUAGACAGUACCCAACGAUGAUCCUGGUGAGCAUGUCGGCGGUGGAAGAGGAUAAAGUGCGACUCGAAGCCGUAGGGAUGCCCAGCGUGGUGUUCACCGUGCCGAAAUCCAUCGACGAGGGUUCAGAAGCCGUUCCGUGCACUAUGUGGUGGGGUGAACCGGUAAAGUGUAUCGAUUGCGGACCAGAACCGGCCGAAUGGCUCUCGAGAUUUUUGACCGGGACGAAUUCUGGUUUGCGACUGGGCUACUCCAUGAUGAACCGACGGGAUCUUUCGAUCGAUCCAUGGAACAAGUUCACGAAAGUGUUCAGCACCCUACAAUCCGAUGACACUGGUUUGUUCAGCGAUCUGGCGAGUUAUAUGCUGAUGACCACAGCGUCACUGAAGACGCUGAACGAGAAACUGGAGAUACCUGUGCCUGCGCUACAAUUCCGUCCGAAUAUCGUGGUCUCCGCGGAGAAAUCUUUUGAGGAGGACAACUGGGAAUGGAUAAAAAUCGGCGAGAAAACGGUGAUUCGGAACGUCAAGCCGUGCACCAGGUGCAAAUUCAUUCUAGUGAACCCUGAGACAGGCACCGCGGAGGGGGAGGAGCCAUUAAAGACAUUGAAGAGUUUUCGCCAGUCCACGGAUCCAAAUAUAAUGUCACUGGAGGGACAAGCACCAUUGAUGGGAAUAUACUGUGGGGCUUACAUCCCCGGAAAAGUGAAACUCGGCGAUGACGUGUUUGUCCACAUACCCGAUGAUUCGGUCGAACUGAAUCAUCGAGGGGGCGUCUCCGAAUAGAAUUUUUAAAUAACGAUAAGAACUCCCGUCCCACUGUCUUCGCUUCCGAAACUAGAUAAACUCAUGUAUUCUGUCGAAUCGUUGACAGUUCGAUAAUACAAUACCGUGAUAAUGCUUCCUGAGACGACAAUACCGAUGUACAAUUUUUUCACGAUCGAUUUAUUGUCGUUAGACACCAAAACGAACAAAGUGUUCAGCGUUAGGGUAAUUUAGAUACUCGAUUUUCGUUGUGAAAUAAAGUACGUUUUUUGAUACAA